AUGUCCCUCCUCCAAUCCCUUCAAUGCUGCUCUAUUUCAACUCAAGCCUUCACCAAGGCCACCCAACCCAUUAAAGGCCCAGAGCAGCAGCGGCGGCGGCACCACCACCGCCACCACCGCACCCAAAUCAGACCCAUCGGAUCAGUCCCCACUGCCUACCAACCGCUCGACCAAAUUCCCCUCCGGGAUACCUUUGCUUGGAACUCCCUCCUCCGGGCCCACCUCGUCGACGGCAACUGCUGGCAAACCAUCCUUGUCUACCGCCACAUGCUCCUUUGCGGUGUCCGCCCGGACCGCCACACCCUUCCCGCCGUCCUCCGUGCUUCUGGUCUCUCCGAUGCCUCCUCCAAUGGAAAACAAGUCCAUGCACACGCUCUUAAGCUUGGGUUCGCCUCAGAUUCCUAUGUCGUCACUGCACUUAUGGAAUUCUAUGGCCAAUUUGAAGGAGCUGACAUUGCUGGCGUGGUUUUUAAUUGCUCGAACCAGAAGAACUCCGUCUCCUGGACGCUGCUAGCCAAACUAUACUUAAUGGAGGACAAACCUAGUUUUGCAUUGCAGUUGUUCCACCGAAUGGUGAAUUCAAACAUGGAAUUGGAUGUGGUGGCAUUGGCUACAGCGGCGAGAGCAUGCGGACAAUUGAGGUCAGUCCAUGAAGGGAAGAAGCUUCUCAAGAUUGCAGGAAGGACUGGAUUGGAGUCUGAUGUUUUAGUGGGCAAUUCACUUUUGAAAAUGUAUUUGGAUUGUGAAAGGAUUGAAGAGGCUCGUGCUCUUUUCGACCAGAUGCCAUCAAAAGAUGCGGUGGCCUGGACUACAAUAAUCAGUGGUUAUGUGAAUAAUGGAGUUUUUAAUGAAGGACUGAAGUUGUUUCGAGCUAUGUGUAUAGAAGGAGUGGCACCUGUUUCAUUCACAGUCUCUGCGAUCCUCCCAGCUUGUGCCAGGGUAGCUGCUUACAAACAUGGUAAGGAGAUUCAUGGAUGCAUAAUUCGACGUCAAAUACAUAUGAAUCCCACAGUUUCUAAUGCUCUUAUGGACAUGUAUGUGAAGUCAGGAAGCAUCGAGGCAGCUUCAAAGAUUUUUAAUAGAAUAUUAGAGAAGGAUGUUAUAUCCUGGACUGUGAUGAUAUUGGGAUAUAGCUUACAUGGGCGAGGUGAUCGUGGAAUUUCUCUAUUUCAUCAAAUGGAGGAGAGUUCCACCGUAUUACCUGAUAGGACCACUUUUGCUGCAGCUCUCCAUGCUUGUAGCACUGCUUGCAUGGUUGAGGAGGGCAGGCAUUUCUUCGAAUUUAUACAAGAACCAGAACUUGAGCAUUUUGCUCUAAUGGUUAGUCUUCUAUCUCGUGCCGGGCUAUUUGAUGAAGUGCGGGCAUUUGUGGAGGACCACCGGAUAGGGCACCAUGCUAUGGUGCAGAGAGCAAUGCUAGGAGGCUGCCGAGUGCACCGAAAUAUGAAGACGGGGAAGCGAAUUGCUGAGCAAUUGAUUGAGCUAGAGCCACUGAAUGCUGAAAACUAUGUACUGAUGUUAAAUAUGUACGCAGCCAGCCGAAAGUGGGAUGUGGUAGAAGGGUUGAGGGAGACCAUUCGAGACAUGGGUUUGAAGCCAAAGAAGGCGUGUAGCUGGAUUGAGGUUCGGAGGAAAGUUCAUGUCUUUGGAGUGGGAGAUGUUUCGCACCCGAGGUCGCAAAGGAUAUACUGGGAGCUAGAGUGCUUGAUGAAGAGGAUGAAAGCAGAGGGGCAUGUCUUAGAGAAGGAUUUCGGUCUGCAUGAUGUGGAUGAAGAGAGGGAAUGCAUUCCUUGUGGCCAUAGCGAGAUGCUGGCUGUUGCUUUUGGGCUGAUCAGCACGCAAGGGAGCACGACCUUGCGCGUGGCCAAGAACCUCAGUGUAUGCAGAAGUUGCCAUGCUUCAUUGAAGAUGAUCUCCAGAAUUGUUGGGAAGGAGAUUGUGUUGAAGGAUCCUCAGAUCUUCCACCAUUUUAAGGAUGGGCUUUGUUCAUGUAGAGAUAUGUGGUGA